CACAAAAUACUCCAAUUUACUGGAGCUGGAAAGGGAGGAGGGAAGCUGCAGACCUGAAAACACAUUCAAAGAGUCAAUACACUUUUGGCAUCUGCUGGAUUUGGGUCACGUUUGGUUCAGUUCUUCAGCAUGGCGUCUCUUCUGAUGUUUGUCACCCUGCUGCACCUCAUCACUCUGGCGGUUCUCUUUAUCGCCACCAUGGAGAAGUCCUGGUGGGUUUGGGACAACAAGGAAAGCUCAGACCUGUGGUACAAUUGUCAGUUUGACAAUGAAACUGAGAACUGGUUCUGUGCCACUUCAGAUGAGACAGAGUGGCUUCAAGCUGUCCAGGUUCUGAUGGUGCUGUCAGUGGUGUUCUCUUCCAUUUCAUUCCUGAUUUUCCUGGGACAGCUUUUCACCAUGUCCAAAGGAGGACUCUUUUACCUCACUGGCGUCUGUCAGGCUUUUGCUGGCCUCAACGAUUUCACCGCAGUUCUCAUUUACACUCUGCACAACAAAGAAAUUCUUCAGGGCAUGCAGGAGUUGAGUUCGGGACACUUCGGGUUCUGCUUUUUCCUGGCGUGGGUCUGUGUGCCUUUGCUCCUGUGCAGUGGCAUCAUGUACAUCCAUCUGCGCAAAAGGGAAUGAACGUCCUGAAGAGAAAAAAGGAGAAGCCACGCGAAGAAUGUUUGCUGUUGACACACUCGACUAAGCGAUUAUACACUUCACCGUAGCGCAGACAUUCGCUUAUUUCGACAGUAUUCAGCCACAUAUAAACACACACGGCUGAAAAUAUAGCCACGACGCAAGCCGCGUAAACGAUCAGCACUACUUCGUUAACUCUUAAAGGGCAAGCAUGACUAAUAGGCUUACAUCUGAUUAGCCGAAUUAUAUCCAAUUUAAUAAUAAAAGGGGCCAUACGACUUAAAUUUCAUUACAGUCUGAAGGGAUACUUGUAUGGUGGUAUCCAUACGCUUAAACUUCAAGAUGUAUUUUUCUAAAUAAAUUCGAUCAAGUCAUUAAUGUCUGCUUUCAAUGUCAUUACGGCGGCAAAUCAGAAAAUAUUCCUCACAAAUACACUGGACGACAGUCGACUCCGCAGACCUUGGGAGUGCAUGACAAACUCAUGACUCCAGUUUGUCGACUAAUAGCUUCCAUCACGCCGUCUAGCAUGAACCUACCACAAACAAAGCUUUCAAAAACAAACCGAUUCCUGAAAUGUAAAAGCCUCUUAUUUGGAGGACGGGAAAAGCCCCUGAGAGGAUAUCAGCACCUGGUAAUAUCAACACUCAACAAGAAAGCGCUCUUCAAUGCCAGACAAAGGGUUUAAUAUCAUGUUCACCACAGCUCACAAUCACGCAGUAUGUCCAGAAAUAUAAUCAGUUGCUGCAUAGAAUACAGGAAAGCCACUGAUAUGUUCACCAGCAGCUGCGUUUGAAACUGAAGUCAGCUCUCAGCCAACCAUCUCAUCAUUUAAUUUUAUUUAAUAACCAAGCAAAGUUAAUAUAACAAUAAAAUAAAUGAAAAUAUAGCCUCAGAACUCAUAAAAGAAAAAUCUUUUGUAAAAAACAAUUGAUCAGACAGCUGAGGUUGAUCUUGGAGGUCAGCGUUACUGUACGGGGAAUGAAUAUAAGGCUACUUCCUUUUAACCACGAACAUUUCUUCCUUUAAGUUCUUCUUUUUGUGAGAAGAGAUGAAUCACAGAAUGACGAAUGAAACCGAGGAGGUAAAGCAGGAGCAACCAAGGUAAAAGGAUGUCAAAACUCUUCUGAAAGCUCUUUAUUCAAGUCUGAAUAU